AUGACCACCACCACCACCACCUCCUCCUCCAACGACGACACCUCGGUGAUCAUCCGCGCCGCCAACUUCGCUGCCAUUGCCCACCGGACGCAAAUGCGCGCCGACGGUAGCACUCCCUACAUCAACCAUCCCAUCGGCGUGGCCGCCCUGCUCACCGAACUGGGCGGCAUCACCGACCCGUCUGUCAUUGCCGCCGCCCUACUGCACGACACCGUCGAAGACUGCGAGGGGGUGACCUUUGCGGCGAUUGAAGAAGCCUUCGGCGAGAAGAUAUGCUCCAUCGUCCGGGAGGUCACCGACGACAAGUCGCUGCCCAAGGCGGAGCGGAAGCGCUUGCAGGUGGUCACCGCGCCGG